CGAAAGGCCGUAAUAUCACCAUUAAUUCAAUAGGAUCCCUUCGUUCUCAUCGGCAAACCCACGCCUUUUCCGAAGGAAAUCCGAUUUGAAUUAAUCUUAUAACGACGUAGCCCGGCCAGCUACACUGAUUGCGACAGUGAUUGGUUGAGGAUUAGUCGUAAAGUGAAAACCCGUUAAGUUUAGACUAAUACAAACCGUUAAAAAGUGCACCGUGAAAAUAGAGUUCGUUAUAACAUUGUUAAAGAAUCACUGUGCUAAAAAUGAUGAAUUCCGAGAUGAGCAGCAGCAUGCACUCCGGCAGGCCCGAAAGCGAGUUUAGCAUUGAGUGCUUUCAGAACUACACUGCACCAGAAGUUUUCGUUCAGGGUUUGGCGGGUCUAGUGAACCAAACUGACGUUGAAGUGAUUAUAAGGGCACAGAAACAGAUGCUGCAAAGAUUCGAAAAGACCAACGAAAUGCUUCUGAACUGCAAUGCACUCAGCCAAAGCAGAUUGAAAAUUGCCAGUGAGGAUUUUAAGAAGCACACCAAACUACUUCAUGAUAUGAAGAAAGAUUUGGAUUACAUCUUUAAAAAAAUACGUAACAUUAAGACCAAGCUAGGUACACAGUAUCCGACCGCAUUUGCAGAAGCUGUAGCAAAAAACAAACCUAUAAGUUUUGAUGAGGAAGACGAGAUAGACACGGCGAGCCGUGCCGAGACGUUGGAUGAGCGUAAUAGCAACUGUCAGUCAAGAACAUCAACUCCAGUGAAACUGGCUACAGGUGAUGAAAAAAAGCUUUUGCAGAAACAAGGUUCUCAAAAAAAGAAAUCCAGCGCAUCGGGAGCUGGAGAAGGAACGACUACCGUAAGCUAUAUGAAGAUGGAACAAAGUCCAGAGAAUCGGAAGUCGGGUAAAACGACACCAAUUGAUCCCAAAAGAAGUUCCUUGCUGUCCACGAAUAGUAGUUCGACGGACAAUUCCAACGAUUCGUCGGAGUGUACCUCCGAUACUGGAUAGGACGAACGAGCAGCAGUAUAAGUGCGAUGAAAUCACAUGUUUGUCGAUUCAUUUGAACAGUUAAAAAUAUUCUAGUCUUAUUGCCUCUCUGAAACUUGUUUGGGCAUUCUCCUGACUUUUCGUAGCUGUGUUGUCAAAAUUAAUCACCAUGAGAUUAUAAUGAUUAGAUUAAUCACCAUGAGAUUAUAAUGUUAUUUAAUGCAUGAAAUUAAAAAAAAAUGUUUGCUGAACUUGAAAAAAGCUAAU